CAAAGAGUUUGUUCAAUGAUCUGUGUUGACUUAUCCCGCUGAGCUUAUCUGGCCCGGUUUGAGAGUGCCUGCCAGUUGAGAGGUACCCCUAUUUGCACCACAUACAGAAGCCAACGUUUGUUCGAGAAAAAUGCCAGCAGCUGUCGGAGGUCCUGUUGGCUACACACCCCCUGAGGGUGGCUGGGGCUGGAUGGUGGUGGCUGGUGCCUUCAUUUCUAUUGGAUUCUCCUAUGCGUUCCCCAAGUCCAUCACGGUCUUCUUCAAAGAGAUUGAGGCGAUCUUCAACGUGACCAGCAGCCAGGUUUCCUGGAUCUCCUCGAUCAUGUUAGCGGUCACGUAUGGAGGAGGACCUAUCAGCAGUAUCCUGGUGAACAAAUAUGGGAGUCGUCCUGUUAUGAUGCUGGGGGGAUGUCUGUCUGGUCUGGGCCUCAUUGCUGCCUCCUUCUGCAAUUCUGUCCAAGCCCUGUACUUCUGUAUUGGUGUUGUGGGAGGUUUGGGAUUGUCUUUUAAUCUGAACCCCGCCCUCACCAUGAUUGGGAAAUACUUCUACAACAGGCGCCCCAUCGCCAAUGGCAUCGCCAUGGCUGGUAGUCCGGUCUUCCUCUCCACGCUGGCCCCUCUCAACACGUGGUUCUAUGACCGUUUUGGCUGGAGAGGAAGCUUCCUCAUCCUGGGUGGCCUUUUGCUCAACUGUUGUGUUGCCGGGUCCCUCAUGAGGCCAAUCGGACCAAAGCCCAAACCUGCAGAGAAGACAGUCGGGAGGAGGAGCAUGACGCAGAUUAUUAACAGCUUCAUUGACCUGUCGUUGUUUAAGCAUCGUGGCUUCCUGCUUUAUAUUUCAGGCAAUAUUAUAAUGUUCUUCGGACUUUUUGCGCCGUUGGUGUUCCUUAGUAACUACGCAAAGAGUAAAGAGAUCCCUAAAGAGAAAGCAGCGUUCCUGCUGUCGGUGCUGGCGUUUGUUGACAUGGUCGCCCGGCCCUCUAUGGGCAUUGUGGCCAACACUAAGUGGGUUCGACCCAGGAUUCAGUACUUCUUUGCCGCUUCUGUGUUGUACAACGGUGUCUGCCACGUAUUGGCUCCCAUUUCGGUAGACUACAAAGGCUUUGUGAUUUAUGCCAUUUUCUUUGGCUUUGCUUUUGGCUGGCUGAGCUCGGUAUUGUUCGAGACUUUGAUGGACCUGGUGGGAGCCCAACGCUUCUCUAGUGCCGUUGGCCUGGUCACUAUCAUUGAGUGUGGACCUGUGUUGCUGGGGCCCCCUUUGCUAGGCAAGUUUAAGGACAUCUAUCAUGACUACAAAUACACGUACCAGGGCUGCGGGAUCCUCCUUAUCGUCUCCAGUUUUUUCCUCUUUAUGGGGAUGGGGCUCAACUAUCGGCUGCUGCGGAAAGAGAAAAAAGAGGAGGAGCGGAUGGCCAAAGUGGGAGAGCAAAGAUCCUACAGGGACAAAGCUGCCAAGGUGGUAGAGGCCAGGAACACCGAUACCGUUUAAGUCUUUUGCCCCUUUUAAAUUGGAAAAAAAUGCAAACAAAAAACAAACCCUGACUCAUUUAGGAUGCUAUUUCUGUUAUUUCAACAUUAAUAUUGUACCCUCACAUGCACUUAAAUGCUAAAUAUGUAUCCUCAAUGUU